AUGGGUUCCAAAGGAUGGAAGGUCGAAGUAGAAAGUGUCCUGCCUCAAGCCAUUCAGUUUUGGGACCAUCACAAAGGUAUUCGCCGAGGUGAUCUAUUGACUUCAUUGGAUGGAAGGGAUGUGGCUAAUUUGGAUGGUGCAGUGUUAGAGAAGUUCUUGUUUGCCAACCGGUCAGCAAAAGGAUUAAGACAACUGGUUUUCAAGCGUUCACCUUUGAACCAUCUUCGCUGGAUAAGGGAAGGUCCGGUUGCGGGCCCAUGGGAGCACGCAGAGCCAAAGGUGCUAAGCUCACUGCAGCGAUUAGCGGAAGACUUGCGGGCAGAAGAAGAAAGGCGGCGUGUGAUGGAGCAACAGACCCUGCUUGCACAAGAACUAGCUGCGAGACUGGCACUUUCUCAAGAAAGCGAGCGUGAAUAUGUGAAAGCAGAGGCAGAGCUCUACGCAGCCAAGAAUCUUCGAGAGGAAAAAGAGGACCGUAUAGAAGCCCUGGUGGAAAAGAUGGCUUGGAGUAGUGAGGAGACUGCUUUGGAGAAGCUGGCCCAUGAAAAUGAAAUUCAUUUGGCAGAAAUGAAGGCUGAAGCGCACACGUGGAAGCGCAAACAAGAUUCCGGUCUCCAGGACUUCUUGGCCAAAACGGCGAAGGAAUUGGAGGCCAUGGAAGAGCAGGUUCCACACGAGGACGUUUACGAGCUCGAAGAAGUGAAGUAUCACCCAAAGGUUGAGACCAAUGCUGGGAGUCCCGCACAUCCUCUGGUUGGUGAUCUGGAAGAACCCGAGUCAAAACUGGUGGUGCAGCCGAAGUUGACUUUCCGGCCAAAGGUUCCACACGAGGACGUUUACGAGCUCGAAGAAGUGAAGUAUCACCCAAAGGCAAAAGUGGAUGCUCAACGCCAAGCCCUGGACUCCACAAAGUCAAGAGUUGCAAAAACUGCGGAGGUUGUUGACACCAUGCGGCAACGUUGCAGAUCUGCAGAGAUGCGCUUGGAGGAUGUGGAGGAUGAGGCAGCACAGGCCCGUCGUGAAGAGCAGGUUCUGGAGGCCAACUUGAAAGCAGAGGAAAGGUCAGCUGCUGCCUUGGGCCAAGAGAAUUCCAAGCUGCAGGAACAGCUGCGCGUCUUUAAACUGAAGUCCUCAAAGGCUAUGGCUGAGAUCGAUGAGGAAGAAGGGCAAGCUGCCUGGUUGAAGGCGCAGGUGCUGGAACGGCAGCAAGGUCAGCAGCAAAUGUCACAGGAGAACCCAUGUGUAGUGGAUGUGAAUGUGCAGAUGUUGGCCCAUCUUGGCCCCAGUGACUUUAGAACAGAUUGGGUCCGACCCGAAAUGCGGCAUUGGCACGAAUCCGAAGAGUACCAAUGGGAAAUGACUCAGGGGCAGCUCGAUUUUGAUGAGAAGAACAUGAGUCGCCAGCUUGAUUUGUUGCGAAACGAGGAGAUGAGCCAACGUCAGCGACUGCGCGACCAGGAGCAAGAAAUUGAAGCAGAGAAGAGGGCCCUGGCGCUGGACGUGCAGCAGCAGCAACAGCAGCUGAUGCUUCACCAGGCCAACUUGAAAGCAGAGGAAAGGUCAGCUGCUGCCUUGGGCCAAGAGAAUUCCAAGCUGCAGGAACAGCUGCGCGUCUUUAAACUGAAGUCCUCAAAGGCUAUGGCUGAGAUCGAUGAGGAAGAAGGGCAAGCUGCUCGGUUGAAAGCACAGGUGCUGGAACGGCAGCAAGGUCAGCAGCAAAUGUCACAGGAAAUGCGGCAUUGGUACGAAUCCGAAGAGUACCAAUUGGAAAUGACUCAGCGACAGCUCGAUUUUGAUGAGAAGAACAUGAGUCGCCAAAUUGAAUCGUGGCGAAACCUGGAGAUGAGCCAACGUCAGCGACUGCGCGACGAGGAGCAAGAAAUGGAAGCAGAGAAGAGGGCCCUGGCGCUGAAUGUGCAGCAGCAGCAAUUGCAGCUGAUGCUUCAUCAGGAGACCGCGGAGCAUUGGAAACUUGAGCAGCAUGCCCUUUUGAAGGGCCAGGAAAUGGCAGAGGCAGCUGCUCGCGAGGCAGAGCGACAAGCCAUGGAGGAAACUGAGCGACAUUUGAAGGAAGGAAAGCUUGUGCCAGGUGCAAAUUCCGAAGUUAUUCUCAUUGACCCAGGGCCAGUUGGCUUGACCUUCUAUGCUGAUGAUUCAGCGCCACCUCGUGUGAGAAAAGUUAAGAAAGAUAGACGAGAAUUUUGGGAUAAUCAGGGUGUGAAGGAUGGAGCAACUGUUUUGGCAGUGGGUGACACGCCGACAGCUCACUUAACGAGUGCUGACUUGCUGCCAUUAUUGAAUGGGAGACCUCUGCGUCUCCAGUUUGCACUGGAUGCAGUCGGAGAAGGAAUCAAUGGAACUGACAGCAGCGGCCAAACUGCCCUCCACAGAGCGUUGGAAGCAGGGGAUGAAGCAGCGGCCUUGGACGUUUUGGCAAAUCCAGAGUUCAAAUCCAUUAACGUGCAGGACAAUCUCGGGAAAACUGCUCUACAUUGGGCAGCCAGUGGUGGACUGGGAGAAGCCUGCAAGGCCAUUCUUGGUCAUCCUGACUUCCGAUCAGAAAACGCAGUCGACUACAGAGGGAUUACGGCAUACGAAGAUGCUGAAGGGGCUGGUCAGAUGGAGGUGGUGAAGAUUUUUGACAACAAACAUGCUGAUCCGGAAGACGAACAAGAAGGAUGGUGAUGGCAGCAGCCUUUCAAGACUUUGGUCAAGGAGAGUUGUUGAUUCUCACAGUUCACCAAGACCAAGAACAUCCAACACCAACCUGUGCUGCAAAUGCGAAAGACAUCGAAAGACCUGGAUGGCCUUGAUGGCUUUCAUCAGCUACAGCCUCCAGAUUCAAACAGAUUCAUAGCUGACAGAUCAACGCAGCAUGGCCCAGUCAAAGCUGAACAGAUCGAGGAGCUCCCAAUGCCCAUCCAUUGGCAAGACGGACUUGAACCUUAGAAACAACUACAUUGGGCAUCAAUUUAGAUGAAUAAGACGCAGCUUCUCUCGAAAACAUUGGGUUGGAAUCGCAACGGCUCCGUUUUCUAAGAUCAGGUACCCGACAAAUGGGAACAGAAAA